GGCUCCCCUGAAACCAUAGAGUUGCUCGUCCUGUUGGGAUGUCCCAUGGAGAUGAAGGCCGAAGAUCCAAUCUCAUUUUAGGGCUGCAACCGUUGAUUGAAGGCUUGGGAAUUAACUGUCACGUUUUGAGCGCAGAUACGACUGCAGGCUGCAGGGGAGCAGCGAUCAGAUGGGAUAACCAGAAACUCAGUGAGGAUCAUCCCUUAUCACCAGCCUACACGUCUGCACACACCAGGGCCAUCUUCAGACUGCCAGACGAGAUACGAUUAAAGGGUGCAGACUAAGCGGAAGAGGAACUCUUGGCUCAGAUUUGUAGGAUGGCCAGUGAAGGCUCCAGUAUUCCCAGUCCUGUGGUCCGCCAGAUUGACAACCAGUUCUUGAUCUGCAGCAUAUGUCUAGACUGCUACGAAAACCCAAAGGUUCUCCCGUGCCUGCACACCUUCUGUGAGAGGUGUCUGCAGAACUAUAUCCUGGCCAACAGUCUUACACUGUCUUGCCCUGUGUGCCGUCAGACCUCUAUCCUACCGGAGAAAGGAGUGGCAGCACUGCAGAAUAACUUCUUCAUCACCACCCUGAUGGAUGUGCUGCAACAGACGCCAGACAGCUGCAGCCGGGAGGCUGCCAUCCUCAACAACAGCACCACUGAGGCCACAGGCCAAUUGCUGUCCUGCCCCAGCCAUGGAGGCAGCCUCAUGGAGUUUUACUGUCCGCCGUGUGAGACAGCCAUGUGUCAGGAGUGUACGAGCGGAGAACACAGAGAACAUCCAACGGUGCCUCUUAAAGACGUAGUGGAACAGCACAAGGCCUCGCUGCAGGACCAGCUCGACACCGUCAAGAGGAGGUUACCAGACAUCAACUCCGCCCUGCAGGCGCUCUCAGAGAUCCUGCAGCAGUUGACCAAUCAGAAAAGUUCCAUUGAGGAUGGCAUUCAUGCUACUUUCGAUGAGCUGCAAAAGUCGCUCAACGUUCGCAAGAGCGUCCUGCUGAUGGAGCUGGAGGUCAACUACGGCCUCAAGCAGAAGGUGCUCCAGGCCCAGCUGGACACCCUCUUGCAGGGCCAGGAGGGCAUCAACAACAGCUGUAACUUCACGGAGCAGGCACUGAGCCACGGCACCGAGGCUGAAGUGCUGCUAGUAAAUAAACAGAUGAGCGAAUGUCUCAUUGAGCUGGGCAGCCAGGAGCUCCCUCUGCAGCCUGGAGAGAACAACCACCUGGACUUCAUUGUGGAGACAGAAGGUCUAAAGAAGUCCAUCCAUAAUUUGGGCACUAUUGUGACCACAAGCGCUGUGGCUUCUGAAACUGUGGCCACGGGUGAAGGACUGCGGUAUUGUGUGGUGGGCGUGCCAACAUCUGUCACUAUAACCACUAAGGACAAAGAUGGAGAGCUGUGCAAAAUGGGGAAUGCAUCCAUCACCGCUGAAAUCUCCUCAGCCGACGGCAGCAGAGGUGAAGGAGAGAUAAUGGACAACAAGAACGGCACUUACGAGUACCUGUUCACAGCUCCUAAAGAAGGCUGCCUGACUUUAUCCCUGCGUUUAUAUGACCAACACAUCAAAGGAAGCCCCUUCAAGUUAAAGGCCACCAAGUCCAUAGACGUGUCGCCAACUCUGGACGGCACGAAGAAAAGGCUGAAGUCACCAGGCAGCGGACACGUCAAACAAAAGGCCAUCAAGAGGCCUGCCAGCAUGUACAGCAUGGGGAGGAGGAAGAGAAACAUCGAGGAUGACCUGAUCUUCAGAGUGGGGUAAGGAAGCUGAUGCACCAAAGGUCGAAACAAAGGGGAGUUCACGAAUCUCCAGGGAGUGGCCGCCUCGUCUUCGGGAAAAGUUCUGAUAGCAGACAGCAACAAUCAAUUUUUCUCCAAUGACGGGCAAUUCAGAAGUCGUUUUGGUGUGCGGGGUAGAACACCGGGUCAUCUGCAGCGGCCAACGGGCGUGGCCGUCCACCCUAACGGUGACAUCAUCAUCGCUGACUAUGACAAUAAGUGGGUCAGCAUCUUUUCAAGUGAAGGAAAGUUUAAGAAUAAGAUUGGCUCUGGGAAGCUGAUGGGCCCUAAAGGCGUGUCGGUGGACAGAAACGGUGACAUCAUCGUGGUCGAUAACAAAGCCUGCUGUGUCUUCAUUUUUAAACUCAAUGGCAAGCUGGUCACCAGGUUUGGUAGCCGAGGCAAUGGUGACAGACAAUUUGCAGGUCCUCAUUUUGUUGCUGUCAACCACAACAAUGAAAUCAUCAUAACUGAUUUCCACAAUCACUCAGUCAAGGUGUUCAACAAUGAAGGUGAAUUUUUACUGAAGUUUGGUUCUAACGGCGAGGGAAAUGGCCAGUUCAAUGCACCCACGGGUGUGGCGGUGGACAUCAACGCAAACAUCAUCGUAGCAGAUUGGGGCAACAGUAGAAUCCAGGUGUUCGAUGGCAGCGGCUCAUUUCUGUCCUACAUCAACACAUCAGCAGACCCGCUGUACGGCCCACAGGGACUGGCACUCACCUCAGAUGGACAUGUUGUGGUCGCAGAUUCGGGCAACCACUGCUUCAAAGUGUAUCGCUACCUGCAGUAGUCUUCAAAUCACCCCAUGUACACACAAACACGAAGCAUCCGCUGUGUUUGUUUGUCGUCAGC